UCUCCGACACUUUGGAUCUAAUUGAGAAUAAUAUUUUUACACUAUUACGCCCUCGUCACCGUUCGGAAGGUUAUUCGGACCGAAAACCUCUCGAAAUGCCUUCGAUCCAUCGCAGGUGCGGCCCGUCCAAGGUACAGUGGUUGGAGCAGAACUCCAUGAAAAACGGAUUCAAGCCUGGAGUGCACGAAAAGUACGGGCUGUAUGUGGGCAACUGGGAAUACGACACAAAACAAGGAAAAGGAAAAAAGUCUUACAAGAACAAAACAGUUUACGAGGGAGAUUGGGUCGCGAACAAAAGACAUGGUUUUGGCGUGCUGAUGAAGAAAGUCGAUGACCAUUUUGUAUACGUUUACGAAGGACAAUGGAUCAAUAACCGAUUCGCUAAAGGCAAAUGGUACGAAGAGGGCGGCAUUUACGAUGGUUGCUUUUCGACGGCCGGUAACAGAAUAAAAUGCGGUUACGGGACCAUGCGGUGGAACGACGGUGCCGUAUACCGAGGUCAUUGGCGAAACAACGAAUACGACGGCCGAGGAAAACUCACUGAAGCGAACGGUAACGUUUACGAAGGACAAUGGAGAAAUGGUUUGAAACACGGUGAAGGUGUGUACGUGUUCAAAGACAAAGGCCAAUCGAUGGAGGGCGUUUGGAUCGGCGGAGAGCUGAAACUCAGCACCGUCAGAUAUGUGGACGAACCGGACAGUGCGCGAACACAAUAUGUCAUGCCCGAGAUUUCCAAAUCUGACGAGAAAAGUAUACGAGAAGCGUACGAGUACACGAAAUCGGAAACGCUCAAAAACCUGUGAGAAAUAUCGAAACCGUUGCGUUAUGAAAUUAUAAAUUGUAUAUAAUAAUAUUGUGUUGUGAGUAUAAUAUAUUAUAAUGUAUACGGUAUGAUAUUAUAACGAUCUACCGUAGUGCGUACACUACCGAAGGGUAGGGGGCAGUGUCGAAAUCGACUGGCUGAGCGUGAAUAAUUUUUAUGUUUUCCGUGAUCCGACAAUGCAGUCGAGAAAUGCUAUGUCGUUUCGGUUGCUCCCAUUCAGAAGGACAGUUUUACGAGUUUGCCAAAUAAUAAGGAUAAUACAUUAAGCACAGUAGAUUUAAACUAGGAAUCCCGAAUCGGUAUCCGAAUAUUUCGGUUCAGCUCCUUUUGUUAAGCUUGAUGAAGUAUCCCAGCGAUUAAACAUUGUUCGAGGGUAACUACAGUAAGUAUAUGGUUGUGUGAUCAGGGUUUCCAACAAUAUGGUUGUAUUAAGGAAAUUAUUAUAACAUAUUAUAAUAUGCAAAUGUAAGACUUCCUUUGUAAUUAUUACACGUCUAACAAUAUACAUAUUAAAUUGAUCAAUUAAUUUAAGUCUAUAAUCUCAUUAUUUAUAAAAGUUUAAACUUUUUUGAAAAGAUUGUAUUACAUAAUUUUACGCAAACAUAGUUUUUGAAAAAAAUUUAUAUUUUUUAAAACUGUUUCAUUGUUAUCUGAAGUCUUGAGUUGUUUCAUUUUUUAAACGACAACAUUAGCAUUCAAUUUUAUAUUCCAAAGCAGUAAAUAUUUUUGGGAGUAUUUAGAUACAUACGAAUCAAAGAUUAUAUAAUAUAGUUACUACGUCUCCGGGCAAUAAGUCGAUGCACCUAUAGUUUAUUCAACAAAAUUAUUUUUUUAUGUGACACGCAAUGUAACAUACUAUAAGUAUGUAAGUAUAAUUACUUACGUUUGCUAUACAGACAAUUGCCGUAUUAAUUUUGUGCAGCUGUCGGAAUAAGAAAUAAUUCUCUUGCAAGGAUGACGUGUUUAGCCAAUGCAGAUCCGUUCUUUUUAUAGUUUUUGUAAUUUAUAUAAAAUAUAAAUUGUGUUCUGUGCCUCUUACACGAUUGUAAUAUUUUAUUUUAUCUUAUUAGACUUACAUUAUUGUGAAAUUUUUCAAACUAUUAUAGUUUUAUUAUUUUGAGUCACCGUAAUAUUAGGUUUUGGCCCGUUAAAAAAUAAUUAUAAUAAAUAAUUAUAAGUAAUUUUGAUGAGUAGAGUAGUGGACUAGCAUUUUUCAGAGUACCCAUCUACUGUCAACAUUUAAUUUUAAUGAAUCAAUGUGAUCCGAAAAAUAUAAAAU